AUGGUCAUUUGUCCUGGUCUCUGUGGGGACCUUGCAGUGACGCCAUUUCGUGUUUUUCUUGGCACGCUCCCUUCGCUGGCGGUGGAGGAGCGUUUCCUGCGGCAGCUGCAGCCGGUGUACGCGUGGUAUGGGAGCCGGCGGCGGGUGAAGGAGCAGGCGAGUGAGUUCCUCGAGAUCGACUUGGCCUCCUGCGACCUCGAGCUGCUGCUGCGCUACUCACACGUCUACUACGUCCGCCGGGAGCUGCACGCGGCGGCGGUGGAGCGGCAGUUCGGGCUGCUGGACGGCGGGCGGGCCGCAGUCGUGGCACCCCCGGCGCUUCUCGAGUGCCUCCGCGCCGGCAACGCGGCCGCCGCCCCCCGCCACCGCCACGAGGCCCAACGGCUGCGGGCUGUGAAGGCGGCAACAGGCGGGCCCGGACGCCGCGAAUUGGACCCCGCCGCCCCGCUCGAACCGCACGAUUACGCCUGCAUGAUGCGUCUCGCAGAGGAGGACGCCGCAGGAGGACCAGAGGCGGAAAUGCAGGCACGUGCAUUCCUCCCACGCGAUCUCGUUGAGGCAAAGGCAAAAGAUCUCACCCAAAGAAUGAUGGCAGCAGAUGCCAGGAGCACUCUAGACAAAAAAGAGGCAAAACUAUUUAACCGUAUUAUUCCAAAUGAUUAUGUUAGGGUGGGAUCUGUUGAGAAGAUGCGUCCUUGUGAUGUUACAGCUUACUUUCGAUUUUAUGGAGAACGUAUAAGCAAGGUUAACACAGAAAAUUACUUCAAACGGGCACUUUGGGGUCAUAUUUACCGUAAAUUUGCUACUCAUCCUUCAUUUUUAAAAGAUAUCUCUAUGUAUUGGGCAAGACAUACUGGAUUAGACCCUAACUCUCUUGAAACUACUAUGCCUCAAGAAUUGGCAGUCUCUGUUUGUAAACAACAAAAUCUAUUUCCUGCUACUAAAUUUCGUUCACAAUAUUUAUAUACUUCUCCUGAAUUGGCGCGUCAGUCAUGGAGAAGUGAUGUAGUGAUCCCACUUUUGCGUUUAUUUCCAUUGAUGGGUGCCCGAGCUGCGGAAGAUUUAGCCGCCUCUGUUCUCGUAGAUUCUUUUUGGGCAGACUUGUCAUUAGGUGAAGAGGAUAAUCUUCUUAAGGAUACACUCAUUCGUACUGUACGUCAUUUUGUGGACGAGGUAGGAAAUAUGUAUGAAGUUAACACAGAUGCCGUACUUAAACGAGUUGAAGAGGGAUACAAGAUAGCUGUGCCUAACUUAACCUCAGAGGAACUACAUGUAGAAAAUGCGGAAGGUGAUGAUAAGAAGAAGGUAGUAGAGGAUGCAGCAGCUUAG